GAUUGUGUUGUACGAAAGCUUACAAACACCGUGGGAAAGUCAAUUUCCACAGCAGCAACUAUGAUUGUGCUCGAUUACAAAGUCACACUCCUACGAUAUAGACUAGGUCUAUCAGAACGAAAUCUAUCCUCGAACGGCUUCUCAGACUGGGAAAGUAUCUUAGGAAUUACGGAAGACGAUAUGUCGCAAAUGCAAUUGCGGCUAGGUGACCGUCGCAAAAUUCAGCGCAUGAUCCGUGACUACGGAUCAUCAUGUCCACCCAAGUGCAAUGAAACGGGAAGCUCCUGGUAUACAACAAAGCAUAAGCGGCCGCAUGAUCAUCAGCAGCAGCCUCGCUCUCAUCGCUCAGUCAGACAUCCAACCGCGGAUGCAUCACUGAGCGAAGGCUCUAGACAGGGACGGGGUCUUGGGGAGCCCACAAUCGUGGCUACGGAACGCCAUAGAUCACCGAUAUGCGACACCACUGUGGGUCAGAGGAGCCCAGCUACAUAUCAGAUUAUGCGCCCUCAAGACGAAUCCGAACCCGUCAGACUAGGACAAGAUGAGGUCUGUCACAUCAGUGUGUCGCUCUGCAUCAACCCAAACCUGUUGGAUACAAAUACACUUCCCCAGGAACCAGUAACGUUGAAAAAUGUCAAGACGUUUCUUCAAUGCACGGGAGCGCUGGUAUAUCUAUGGGACCCCAGUGACGCUAUGCAACAAGUUCGGUCACUCUACCAUCCGGUGGGAGGCACCGUUCCUGCGAAUCUAGUCGAAGUCAUUGCCAUGGCUACUGUGGGAAGCUACUGUGAUGGGACCCUUGAAGAAAAUGCAUCCUCGGACCAAUUUCUCCAACAGUUUGUAUCUAUAUUGUCCUUCCCUUUAUCGAUUGGAACUCUUCCCCGCAUGCGACUUUUCGCGUGUUUGGCUAUCUGUCGGUUGACCAGCAACAUUGAAAGUGCCAGGGUUCUUCUCUUAUGUGCCCUCAAUAUUGGACGAGAGGCAUUCGCGUCUCCGUCAUUCAAAGCCGAAACUCCCAAAGUGAAGUUGCGACACUGGUGGAAAGUAUUCCAGAGUGUAGUUUUCCUGGAAAGCUGGCUCGCAAAUAACACACAUCAAAACUGCCGUGUCAACCACGAGGAUUUGAACCUGUACGAGGCUCCGCUUUCACAAUCUCACAACGUAACUGAGAUCUGCCAAGAACAAAUCUUCCAGCUUGGGCGACUAUCCACAUACGCAUCACUCUUCACGAUGAGAAACAUGGAGGAAUCAUCGGCCAUGGAGGGAAAGCACUACCUGAAUGUUCUCACGCAAUGGCGGGAAUCCCUGCCGCCUCUGAUGCAACUCAGUCAUAUCUGUCUUGACGACCCCACGGUUUCCGACUUCCAAACCAAACACAUGCUCCUACAGUUCCACAUACUUUUCCUCAGUUUGGUCAUUGAGCCGUACAGGAAGUGCAUGCGUGUUCUGGGGAAGGUUCGCAUGGGAAACAUCCCGAUCGGUACUGCAGACCUGGAGGCUCUCACUAGCGUUGAGGACUAUUGUGUGGUUUCUGCAAGACAGUCCGCACGAGUGGCUUCCCUUGUGCAGUUCGACAACUUGGUGCACGCACACUCAUGGACUUUGCUGUAUGCCUGCUACGUCGGAUGCAUUAUUCUGCUUCAUAGCGCCAUGCAAAUGCUUUUACAGGGCAACAGAGACGCGGUCGGUCUGGAACUGGCUCAUGCUUCUUCGCACUUGGGCAUACUCUCGGUUUGCAGCUACAAGAACGAGGUAGCGAGGAGAAUGUACGGUAGGUUACAGGUGAUAUUCAACGACGCGAAGGAUCUUUUGGCGUUACCUACAAACAUCGACUACAUGCAGGUCACCACAUGGGAUGAGACGAUUGCUAGUCCUAAUGAGAUGGUGAUGAAAGUUGCCGUGGAAUGUCAAGAGGCUCUAACAGAACCUACACUUAGCUAGAAGAAGUAUAAUAGCGAUGUAUGUCUUCGUUAUUAAGAUGAACUAAAGAGUCAUGCGGUGUGUACAUAUUUCCAUUACAUCUUUGCAUAGAAAACUCGGCGUGAAUAGAUAUUAGAACAGGUCUCUCUGUAUCGUACCUAGACACUAAUACUUAUCUUAUGUAUCUUCAUGUCAAUUGCUCAGUAAUAGCUUUUUCUUAGGCCAAUAGGGUACUGCUGCAGCGUCCAAAGAAUAUAUAUAAUCCAUAGUGAGUUGUAAUGAGUAUGACUAUUCAUUUUCUUUAUGUUGAAGGCAGAAAUCACUGGAAUGGCAAAUUGUAAAAUUCUGCGGCGACGUC